AUGGUUUUUAUCAAGAAAUUGGUGCCUCUUACAAUUUUUUAUAGUUUUGAAGGAAUUAUGUUAGGACUCAUCUUAUACAGUGUUCCAUAAAAUUUGAUAGAUAAAGGUGUUGAAAUUAAUAGAUAUAACUAUAUGAUUGUGCUAUUUCCUUAUUUGUUUAGAUACAUAGUUGCACCUUUCAUAGAUAGUGUUAGUUGGGAUAAAAUGGGUAGAAGAAGAAGCUAGUUAGCAGUCUUAUAUUUUGGAUUGGGGUAUAAUUAUGUUUUUAAUUAUUAGAGUUCUGUUAUAUUUUUCAAAUUUCUAAUCCUUAGAUCCUAGUACUUGGUUUUGGAACAUAUUUUGGAUUAUGUGUUUAUUGGCUUGCAUAGAUCUAAUAAUAGCAGCUUGGUUAGUGGAAAGUCUAGAAAAGCAAGAUAGAGGGUAUGGAGCAUUGGCUCAAUUUCUAGGGAUUUUGAUAGGAGGAUUUAUUGGAGCUUACAUUUUUAAGAUGUUUAAUUCACUUGAAUUUUGUAAUACAUAUAUUUAUGCGAUUCCUCAAGAAAUACCUUAUGCUACUCUAUCAAGUUUUAUUAUCAAUUAAAUUUUUUAGAUGCAUUCAAAGAUUUAUCUUACCUAUCAGUAGGACUUGGAGUUGCAUCUAUCAUUAUAAUACACAAUGAAACAACUAAUAAUUAAGAUGUAUUAAUAUUAUUAUAUUAGAUAAUUGAAGCAUAUAAAUCUGCCUUAGGAGCAUUUUCAAAUAAGCAUUUGAUUGUUCUUUUUUUAUUUUUUUGUUUUUUCAGAAUUGGAUAAAUGCCAAUUGAUUUGGCACAUAUUCAUAUGAAGAGAAGACAAUUUACAGAAGGAUAAAUUUAAUUCCUUGAAAUACUUACAUUUCCAAUUGCAUGCCUUUUACCAUAUUAUAUGUCAAAAAUUAUAAAGACAAGAGUUUUAGAAAUUAGAUUUAUCAUAGUCUUCUCAAUCUAUGAAAUUGGUAUAUCAAAUUUUAUAUAUCCUUAAUAAUUAGUUAUCUCAGGAGUAUUUAUCAUAACCUUGUUUGCUUCAGAGGAGAAUUUUCCAUUUCCUUAUAGAGAUGCCUUAAUGAAAAUAUCGUUAAUUAGUGUUUGGUUAUUAAACUUGAUUAACAUCACUUUAGCUUAGUCUUAUAUUUAUAAAAGUACUCAAAGUUCUGUAGCAGCAACUUUUAUAGCUUUGUUAAGUAAAAAUAUUAUUUGGUAAUAUUUUAAGCAACCGGGAUAAACUUUCAAUUUAUUUUCGAAGGAUUUGUAGAAUAUUUAUUAACCAAUUAUAAUUAUUAUUUAAUUUGGUUAUGUGGAGUAGGAAUAUAUGCAUUAUUUUUUUUUCAUCUAGCUUCCAGAAUGACCUUAAUUGAUUAAUUGAAUUGUUAAGAAUUUAGUUUAGAAAUUGACAUAAAAAAAGAAAAACUACUAAUUACUACUGAAUUGGCAACUUUAUCCUGA